AAUGUAUUGAAAGAGACCUCUUAAUAAAGAAUGUCUUGGUGAAAAAUGAUAUAUCAUUAUUAUAAAGAAGAAACUCUUGAUACAUGUAUAGUUUUUUUCCCCCAAUCAUGAAGACAUUUUUGAACCAAAAAAAUCAGGCCUGAAAUUCUGUGUCUUCAUUUUUCUUUUUCACAAUCGAAACUCCAAAGACUAAAAAAACUGACCCCCCCUAGUCCUCGUACCCUAGCGAGUGUGAAAACAAGAUUUUUUUUUUUAAAAAAAAAAAGUUGCAGAAGAAGACAAACUUUUGCUACGGAGUCUUACUUGGUAUUUAUUCUCUUUCUGUUGUAACCCUUUUGGACCCUUUCUCAUUCUCUCUUUCUCUCUCUUUUCUUCUUCUUCUAUCUCUUAAUUUCUCUCUGAUCUAUUUGGAGGAGACAGUACAGUGAGAGAAUAUAUAGAGCUAUAGAAAUUAUAUUAUAUAUGGGUGAUAGUUAUCUAAGUAGUUCAGUAGUGUCUUCUCUUGAUCAAAAUGGCACUGGGGAACAGUACUAUACUUCAAAAUCAGGUGUAAUUAAAUCAUCAUCAUCAUCUUCUUCUUCUUCAUCAUCAACAUCAUCAUCAUCUGGUGUAAUUGUAAUGAAUAAUAUUGACAAUUCAACUGAAAUGAAAGGUAGUAGUUCGGCGGUGAGGCCUUAUAUUCGGUCGAAAAUGCCUCGGCUUCGGUGGACUCCGGAUCUUCACCGAUGCUUUGUGCAUGCUGUUGAACGCCUUGGAGGAGAAGAUAGAGCCACACCGAAGAUGGUGCUGCAGAUAAUGGAUGUCCAGGGCCUUACCAUAUCUCACGUGAAGAGUCAUCUUCAGAUGUACAGGAGCAUGAAGCAUGAGCAACUUAUUCAAGCUAUGACAGGGGAGAAUAGUAAGACAAUGGUACUCUUCCACCAAAACUCAAAUUUCUAUUCCUCAUCAAAUUUGAACCCAAUGAACAAAUCUCAACAGUCACACAAUUAUUUCCAAAGAAACAAUAUUAAUAACGGCUUAAGCUUAACAAGCUUUUCAGUCCCUGCUUAUCAGAAUAGUUAUGGGAAUCAUGAUCAUGGCAAGGAAGAAGACCUAGAGAUUAACUCCAACACCAACACCAACACCAACACCAAUCCUGGAGUACUACAUCAAUGGAAAGACAAAGAAGAUAUGUGGAAUAAUAAUAAUGGGAAGAAAGUAAUGAUGAGAGACCCGUCAUUAUUAUGUUGUCAAGUAUCAAGUAGUAAUAAAAGAUGGGAAUAUUGGGAGCAGAACAAACCCAAUUCCUAUAUCAUCUUCAAGGAUCUACUCAAAAGAUGCACUGCUCAUCAUCAAGAGACCAUGAUGAUUAAUGGAAAAGAAAAAGAUAUAGAAGCAGGGAACAGAUCAUCAUCAUCAUCUUCAUCAGUACUUAAUAAUAUUAUGCUGAGCAAUCAUCAUAAGUUUGAGGAUAAUAAUAAAGCACCUAUCGACAACGAAGCAGUAACGUCUCUUUCACUAAACACUACUACAACUACAACUAAUUCCAACAUCUUUUCCUUAGCCAAUGCCAAAGAUGUCUCUCUUGAGCUUACUCUUGCAAUUGCUUCAUCACCUUAAUUCAUCAUAUCCAUAUAUAUAUCUAUAGCAUAUAUAUAUAGCUAGUAGCAGCUAAAUUAUAAUUAACCUCAUCAUCAUAUAUAUACACACAAUUAUAUAUAUGACGACCAAAUUAUAUAUAUUAUUGUAUUGACAUGCAAAAACUUGUGUACUGUCGUGAACUUUAGGACUAGAACUACUUAUUAUUAAGUACUCUUUUGGUUUAUUUCUUAUUUUCCUUGAAAUUUUCAUGCAGUAGUACUUGAGUAAUGAUAAAUCAUUUUGUGUACGUAGUACUACAGUAGUGGAUGGAAUAUAUAUCAUUAUAAUUAUAUGCAUUAAUUGUGCCUAUACAUGAGAAUGUUGAUAUAUAUAUUAAUAUAUAUAAAACCAAUCAUAUCGCGCGGCCUGUUUAUAUGAGAUGAGAUCUCUUUAGCUAUAAAUUAAUGAUUAGAAAAAUCUAUUAGUCCUAUCUAAUACUAUCUACGAUUUAAUCAAAAAAUCACGUAUUCUGAUCAGUGAGGGAACUAGGAGCGGGCCCCUUAUGUACCCUUAGAGUGCGUUUGGUAUGAGAUAUUCAAAAUAAUUUGAUUAUAGGGAAUAUUAUGAAGGAAAAUAUGAUUAUAUAGGGAAAUGUGUAAACUGUGUUUGUCAGUGUAGGGUAAUAUGUAAUCAUAUUAUUGUUAAUUAAAUUACACUAUUUGGUUGAGUAUAGGAAUCUUAUAUAUUAUUUUAAAAAAUGAAAAUAAAAAAUAUUUUUUUAUUAUAUCUAUUUAAUGUUAAUUAUAUAUAAAAAUAAAAUAAUUUAUUAAAAGAAAUAUAUUUAUUAAUUAGUAAACAUUAAAUUUUAUUGUAUUUUUUAUUAAUUAAAAUGAACAUUUCUAUAUAUUUUAUCACUAUGUUAUUUAUUUUUGUUCGCUAUGUCAUUUAUGUACACCAUUCGCAUAAAAUUUAUGUAUAAUAAAUAUAUAUAUUAUUGCUAACUCAGUUAAAAAAAAUAAUCUCACAGACUAAAUAUAUAUAUAUUGUAAUAUUUUAUUUAUGAUAAAUGAUAAUAUAAUUGGUAAUUAAAUUUAUUUAUUAAUUCAAAAAUACUAUUCAAAUUAAUAUAAUGGAAGGUAUAAUAAUUCAAUCCU